GCCACCAUGCCCGGCUAAUUUUUUUGUAUUCUUAGUAGAGAUGGGGUUUCACCGUGUUAGCCAGUAUGGUCUUGAUCUCCUGACCUCGUGAUCCACCUGCCUCGGCCUCCCAAAAGUGCUGGGAUUACAGGUGUGAGCCACUGCGCCUGGCUUAUGAGUCGUAUGUUCUGAUCCUCCCUCUUGAAGUUGCCUUCUGUGGUCUAAGGAGGGCCUGAAGGUUCAGGUAAAAACUUCAGGGUGACCUUCACUGGGGGUGAGGGCUGGAUCCCAGCCUGGGCCCAAAGAGCCGUCAGCUGCCCAAGUCCCACUGUCCAUGAGAGCCACCGCAGCCCCUCCCUGGGACAAGCAAGCAGACCUGAGUCUUGUAGCUCUCUGGUCCGGACCACUUUGGCCCAGGACCUUGAGAGCUAUUCCUAGCUCUCCUAUGGUUACUGUCCUCCCCCAGUUCAGGGGCAGCAGGUGGGACCUGGUGCCCUGGGGAUAACCCCUGUUUCUCCCAUAACAGGCACAGGCAGGAAGGGACGGAAGCCCCCGCCUCUCGUGGGGCUGUCCCUCUGAGGAAAGAGUUGGUCUCCACACGCUGACCCCCCCACAAACCAUGCCCUGGAGGCAGAAGAACCCCCUGCCCCUGAGUGCCAACCCACAGGCCUCAUCCCCGGCGACUCAGCACCUAGCUUUGAAGGGCUGUUUUAUGUGACAGCCACUCCCCUGCCUGUCGUGAGGGGGCCCGGGUGUUCAUCUCAGAUUGAUGGAGCCCUGCCAUCAAGACUGGGCAUUCCUGUCCAACAGGUGCCAGAGUUGCGAAAGGCCUGUGACAGGGAACUCCACUCUUCUCUUGGCUGCUGUUCUGGGACUCACCCCUGCUUUCCUUCUGCUCAGCCCCUGGCAGCAAGCUCUCCAGGCUGGGAUUGCAGGGCUGGGUGGGGCAGGCCCAGCUGGUAAAGGCUGGCGAAUGCCACAGAGGUAUCAGGAGCUCUAGUAUAGGCUUAGGGUGCCUCAUUUCCUGGAUAGGUGGCUGGUUCAGGAGUGGGUGUGGAGCUUAGGUGGAGCAGAGGCGGCGGGUAGGAGGGACUUGGGACCAAUUGGGACAUCACAUCCCUGGCUCUGGGUUAGAAAGCUGACAGUCCUUGAUCCUGUGGCCACUGCCCCAUCAUUCCUGCUCCUGAGGACUCAGUCUCAUGGCUGUGGCAGAGGUGUCCAGGACCUGCCUGCUCACGGUUCGUGUCCUGCAGGCCCAUCGCCUACCCUCUAAGGACCUAGUGACCCCCUCUGACUGCUACGUGACUCUCUGGCUGCCCACGGCCUGCAGCCACAGGCUCCAGACACGCACGGUCAAGAACAGCAGUAGCCCUGUCUGGAACCAGAGCUUUCACUUCAGGAUCCACAGGCAGCUCAAGAAUGUCGUGGAACUGAAAGUCUUUGACCAGGACCUGGUGACCGGAGAUGACCCUGUGUUGUCAGUACUGUUUGAUGCGGGGACUCUGCGGGCUGGGGAGUUCCGGCGCGAGAGCUUCUCGCUGAGCCCUCAGGGUGAGGGGCGCCUGGAAGUUGAAUUUCGCCUGCAGAGUCUGGCUGACCGUGGUGAGUGGCUCGUCAGCAAUGGCGUUCUGGUGGCCCGGGAGCUCUCCUGCUUGCACGUUCAACUGGAGGAGACAGGAGACCAGAAGUCCUCAGAGCGCAGAGUUCAGCUUGUGGUUCCUGGGUCCUGUGAGGGUCCACAGGAGGCCUCUGUGGGCACUGGCACCUUCCGCUUCCACUGCCCAGCCUGCUGGGAGCAGGAGCUGAGUAUUCACCUGCAGGAUGCCCCCGAGGAGCAACUAAAGGUGCCACUGAGUACCCUGCCCUCUGGUCAAGUGGUGAGGCUUGUCUUCCCCACGUCCCAGGAGCCCCUGAUGAGAGUGGAGCUGAAUAAAGAAGCAGGACUGAGGGAGCUGGCGGUGCGACUGGGCUUCGGGCCCUGUGCAGAGGAGCAGGCCUUCCUGAGCAGGAGGAAGCAGGUGGUGGCCGCGGCCUUGAGGCAGGCCCUGCAGCUGGACGGAGACCUGCAGGAGGAUGAGAUCCCAGUGGUAGCUAUUAUGGCCACUGGUGGUGGGAUCCGGGCAAUGACUUCCCUGUAUGGGCAGCUGGCUGGCCUGAAGGAGCUGGGCCUCUUGGAUUGCGUCUCCUACAUCACCGGGGCCUCGGGCUCCACCUGGGCCUUGGCCAACCUUUAUGAGGACCCAGAGUGGUCUCAGAAGGACCUGGCGGGGCCCACUGAGUUGCUGAAGACGCAGGUGACCAAGAACAAGCUGGGUGUGCUGGCCCCCAGCCAGCUGCAGCGGUACCGGCAGGAGCUGGCCGAGCGUGCCCGCUUGGGCUACCCAAGCUGCUUCACCAACCUGUGGGCCCUCAUCAGCGAGGCGCUGCUGCAUGAUGAGCCCCAUGAUCACAAGCUCUCAGAUCAACGGGAGGCCCUGAGUCAUGGCCAGAACCCUCUGCCCAUCUACUGUGCCCUCAACACCAAGGGGCAGAGCCUGACCACUUUUGAAUUUGGGGAGUGGUGCGAGUUCUCUCCCUACGAGGUCGGCUUCCCCAAGUACGGGGCCUUCAUCCCCUCUGAGCUCUUUGGCUCCGAGUUCUUUAUGGGGCAGCUGAUGAAGAGGCUUCCUGAGUCCCGCAUCUGCUUCUUAGAAGGUAUCUGGAGUAACCUGUAUGCAGCCAACCUCCAGGACAGCUUAUACUGGGCCUCAGAGCCCAGCCAGUUCUGGGACCGCUGGGUCAGGAACCAGGCCAACCUGGCUACCACUCUGGAUGGGCUCCCCAACCAGCUGACACCCUCGGAGCCCCACCUGUGCCUGCUGGAUGUUGGCUACCUCAUCAAUACCAGCUGCCUGCCCCUCCUGCAGCCCACUCGGGACGUGGACCUCAUCCUGUCAUUGGACUACAACCUCCACGGAGCCUUCCAGCAGUUGCAGCUCCUGGGCCGGUUCUGCCAGGAGCAGGGGAUCCCGUUCCCACCCAUCUCGCCCAGCCCCGAAGAGCAGCUCCAGCCUCGGGAGUGCCACACCUUCUCCGACCCCACCUGCCCCGGAGCCCCUGCAGUGCUACACUUUCCUCUGGUCAGCGACUCCUUCCGGGAGUACUCGGCCCCUGGGGUCCGGCGGACACCCGAGGAGGCAGCGGCUGGGGAGGUGAACCUGUCUUCAUCGGACUCUCCCUACCACUACACGAAGGUGACCUACAGCCAGGAGGACGUGGACAAGCUGCUGCACCUGACACAUUACAAUGUCUGCAACAACCAGGAGCAGCUGCUGGAGGCGCUGCGCCAGGUAGUGCAGCGGAGGCGGCAGCGCAGGCCCCACUGAUGGCCGGGGCCCCUGCCACCCCUGACUCUCAUUCAUUCCCUGGCUGCUGAGUUGCAGGUGGGAACUGUCAUCACGCAGUGCUUCAGAGCCUCGGGCUCAGGUGGCACUGUCCCAGGGUCCAGGCUGAGGGCUGGGAGCUCCCUUGCACCUCAGCAGUUUGCAGUGGGGUAAGGAGGCCAAGCCCAUUUGUGUAAUCACCCAAAACCCCCCGGCCUGUGCCUGUUUUCCCUUCUGCGCUACCUUGAGUAGUUGGAGCACUUGAUACAUUACAGACUCAUACAAAUGUGA